AUGGUAGAUCAGGAGGAAGAUAGAUCUGUAUAUUUAUUGAUGUCUUAUUAUGAUAGCCGAUACACUGAUUCAAUCUAUCAAGUUACAUUCAAACAUGGAGGAGUCACCCAUGAACCCCCAGUAGUUGAACUUGACCAAGAGUUUUAUGACGGUUUUUACAUCCAGGGUGCCAGGAUUACCAACCGCUCCCAAUUAUACAUCCUUCUACAAAACGGUUAUAAUGACCCUUUAAAGCAGGUGCCAUCAGGAUAUAGUAUUGAAACGAAGAAGUGGUCAUAUCAUUCAUCUCUUCCUCCUAACAUAACAUCUAAACCACUAGCAACUCUUGUAUCUGCGUAUGACAAGCUCUACUAUAUUGCGUCUCCAGUGUGCUUACCACCAAUUAAGGAGCCCUCCUUUGAGAGAUAUGAUCCCGCCCAAAACCUUUGGGAGCGAAUGCCUUCUUUUCCAUUUUAUCAUGAUGAUGGGAUCCGUAUGGAAAUAAUUGGUUAUGCCGUUUGUUAUGGCGUUAUUUUGUUUUCAUUGUGGGACUCCGACCUAAAUCCGAAUGUUGUUGCUUUUCAUGAGAGUAUAAACCAAUGGAGUCAAGUGACUUUUGCUUCCUAUGCCCCAUUUCGAGGGAGGGCCGUGGUUGUAGGUGACACUAUCUAUGCCGUACAUGCGCUUAUGGUGGAGCAUAUUAUAGCAUUCUCCUUCAAGAUGGACAAAGGUGAACAUGGUUGCAUUACAUAUUCCCUAAGCCCACUGUUUACAUUGCGUGGAUUGGAAAUCGCGUGUCCGCCAGUGCCAUUUUGUGAGCUUAAGACAGGGUAUUUAGUUCAUUUGGGUAACCAUGACUUUUUUCAUGUCAUGACUGGUAGUCCCAAUAGCGAACCACGUCCUGAAGUUCAAUAUCUUUGUAUCACCACGUUUCAAAUUGUUGUUGGAGAAGGAGGAAGACCCAUGAUCAAGACCAUACAGUCAACUAUUCAUCCUGUGAAUAUCAAAGGCCGUGAUUGGUUCUUUCUUGAGUUCUGCUUCACGCCUGAGUGCGGGGAUCAUGAACCUAUAGAAGGGGACAUUAUGACUAGUAUGAAUCAGCCAAAACAAGAAGAAAUCACUCUGAAUGAACAUGAACCAACUAAGGAUGAGAAUGUCUUGACGUGGGAGGUGGCUCGUAGCGAGUUUCUUGCUCGCCGGUGUCAAAGAAAGAGGCCAAGAAAGAAGCCAAGCUGGAGUAACCGCCAUGUAGUAUGAGUAGGUGCCAGGCAGCAUGAAAAAACCAACAAGAAAAAGCCCAG